AUGCCGAAAGACAACAAGUUCUACGAAAUCCUUGGUGUAUCACCAACCUGCACAGAGGCAGAGUUAAAAAAGGCAUACAAGGUUGGCGCCUUGAAGUACCAUCCUGACAAGAAUGCGCACAAUCCAGAGGCCGAAAAUAAAUUCAAGGACCUGUCCCAUGCUUACGAGAUCCUCUCCGAUCCCCAAAAGCGAUCGAUAUACGACCAAUAUGGCGAGGAAGGACUUGAAGGCGGUGCUGGUGCAGGUGGCAUGAAUGCCGAAGAUCUCUUCUCCCAAUUCUUUGGUGGUGGAUCAGCAUUCGGCGGUGGUGGAUUGGGAGGCAUGUUUGGUGGUGGUAUGCCGCAACGUGGCCCUCCUAAGGCCCGCACAAUCCACCACGUCCAUAAAGUCUCUCUCGAAGACAUCUACCGAGGAAAGAUCUCCAAGCUUGCCCUCCAGAAGUCUGUUAUCUGCCCUAAGUGUGAUGGACGAGGUGGCAAGGAAGGAGCUGUCAAGAAGUGCGCUGGAUGUGAUGGCCACGGUAUGAAGACCAUGAUGCGCCAAAUGGGUCCCAUGAUCCAAAGAUUCCAAACGGUCUGCCCUGAUUGCAAUGGCGAGGGCGAGAUCAUCCGGGAGAAGGACAAGUGCAAGGGUUGCAAUGGCAAGAAAACAACCAUCGAGAGAAAGGUGCUCCACGUCCACGUAGACAGAGGUGUUCGUACAGGCCACAAGAUUGAGUUCCGAGGCGAGGGCGACCAAACUCCUGGAGUCCAGCCGGGCGAUGUCAUCUUCGAGAUUGAGCAAAAACCACAUCCAAGAUUCCAACGGAAGGACGACGAUCUGUUCUAUCACGCCGAGAUCGACCUUGUCACUGCUUUGGCUGGCGGAACUAUUUUCAUUGAGCAUCUAGAUGACCGGUGGUUGAGCGUUGAGAUCCUCCCUGGAGAGGUUAUUGCACCAGGUUCUCUGAAGAUGAUCCGCGGCCAAGGAAUGCCAUCAUUUAGACAUCAUGACUUCGGUAACCUCUUUGUUCAGUUUGACGUAAAAUUCCCCGAGAAGAACUUCACUACCGAUCCCGCUGCAUUUGAAGCUCUGAAGGCUAUCAUCCCACACACUAAGAGCCCCAUCACCCCACCAGCAGAGACCAUGACCGAGAUCGUCGACUUCGAGGAUGUUGAUGCCAGUCAGCAAGCACGAGCUGCAGGUGCCACGGCAAUGGACGAGGACGAUGAGGAUGGACAUGCUGGUGGUGAGCGAGUCCAGUGCGCCUCACAAUAG